AUGGACAAUAUUCUAUCGCCUAUUCAAGAUGCCCUUGAGGGUCAGAUCGAUUUCCACGGACAACAAAUUACGGAGAUAUUUUCUACGGCGCUCUUGGUAGUAUCCGGAGUGGUCGCUUCCUUGAUCGGAUACAUCUUCCAAGAUAUUCACCUGUCGCUCUGGGCCGGUUUGGCUGGUACACUCCUGACUGCACUUAUUAUUAUCCCUCCAUGGCCCAUUUACAACAAACAUCCUGAAAAGUGGCUUGUUCCAUUUUCUGGCAGAGCAGGCGUUACGGUAGAUGGGGUCAAAGUAGCGUGA